CCUUCUAACUUUCACAAAUAAACGGUCUGACUGAAUUUAAUUAUCCUCGAAGAAGAAAACGUUGCACGAUCAAAAUCAAUAAAAAAUGCAAGUUGACGCUGAGGAAAACUUAUUUAAUGAAGUUUUAAUUCAAUUGGUCGCCGAAAAACCUUUUUUACACAAUAAGACAUAUCGGACUUAUCAAGAUAAUUGCAAGAGACGAGAUGCUUGGCAUGAGAUUGCUACAAAUGUUUAUCUAGCUACUAAUAUUGAAACAUCAGCUGAAAAAGUUCAAAACAAAUGGGAGAAGCUAAGGACAUUAUAUGAUAAGGAAGCGGCCAUUAGAAAUUCUUACACCCCGUCAGGUUCAGCCGCUCCAGAAGAAACAGGUCUACGUUUCGAGUAUUUUGAAGCUAUGAAGUAUUUAAAUAAAUCUCCAAAGAGUAGCGUUUCAUUUAGCUCGUAUAGAAAGCCUAAAAAUCAUAUAAGUGCCAAGGUUAAUGAAACUGAUGAUGCAUCAAUGUCAAAUGAGACUCUCGAAAUAGUGGAAGAUCUUGAAAACGAUGAGUCUGAAGUGGUGGAACUUAGUGAUGUUGAUGUAAAUGCAACAGAUUUAUCGGUGGAAAAAAUUGCUCGUAAGAAAGAAGCUGAUAAUGACUUUUACGAAGUCAUUGAGAGAAGUUUCAUUAAAGUUCCCGAGAAUAAGCAAAGAGAAUGUUUCUUUGCAGUAAAACGGUUAAUAAGAAAUGUUAAAGAGCAACGUCCAAAAAAUUAAUAUUUCAGCAUUUUGAUUUUGAAUGUGUUCAAUAAUUUGUAGUUUACAAACUUUAAAUAAGUUUCUAUUGUUAAAAAAAUGUAAAAUUUAGUUCUAAA